AUGCGAAAAUAACCACUUUAAAGUAGAUCAAGCUUUUCUUGUAAUCCAAAAGGAAGAGAAAAACCACUUAAUGAGUCAUAAGUUAGUAAUUUAGUAACAGAAAAUUAAAAGUUACUUUAACAAAAUGAUAAACUAAUAUAAUAAUUGGAACAUUUAAGAUAAGAAUAUGAAUCAUUAGCUUCAAGUGGAAUCUAAAGUAUUAAGAGUUAAAGAAGUAAAAAAAUAGAAUUUGAAUCAUCAAAUGAUGAAAUGAAUAAAUUGAAAAUAUAGAAGGAAAAACUUAUAGUUGAUAAUGAAUGUUUAAGAAGAACAAUAACUAAGUUAUAACAUUAGUUAGAUGAAUAGAGUAAAUAUGUUGAAAAUUUGUAAAGAUCUUAAUAUGAUUAUGAAUAAUUAAAAUAACGUUUAGAAGAAACAGUUUAAGUAGUUAAUGACUUAGAAAUAUAAUUAUAAGAAUAAUAUCAAUAAUAAAAAUAAUUUGAAUAUAACUAAAAAGUAAUAACACUUAGUAAUCAGGAUACACAAGAACAUCUAUCAUCUCACUAAAAAAUGAAUGAAAUAUAAAUCAGUUAACUUAAAGAAUAAAACAAUAAAUUAAAUAAAUUGCUUGAAGAAAGAUUGGUUUAGUUGGAGAGUAUAACAAAAUUAUUAAAUUAACGAAAUGAAGCAUAUAAUAAAUUAUAAGAAAGUUAUGAUCAAGAUAUAACAGAUAUGAGAUAACAUAAUUCCAAAUAGAAAUCUCAUUCAUCUGAUUUUGAGAGAAAAACCUUAUAAAAUUAAGUCAAUUAGCUUAAAUAAUAAGUUGAAAAAUGCCAAUAAAAUAAUUGUCAACAUAGAUCAAAAGUAUAAUAAAAGAAUGAUGAAGAACAAUAAAAAAUAAUUUAAGAUCUUUCAUCUAUGUUAAAAUAAAAAGAACAUUAAAUUAAGGUUUAAGAAUAAUAAUAUGAGGAACUUCAAUAGAAUACAAAGUAAAUUUAAACAGCAAUAGCUUCAAAUAAUUUUGCUAAUAAUUAGACUUAAUAACUUUUGCAAUAAUAAGUAUAAACUUUAAUGAAAGAAUUAGAGAUACAAAAAUAACAGAAUCAUAAAAUCAUAUAUGAUUACAAUUAAUUAAGAAAUCUGAAUUAAUAAUUGAAUGAGAAAUUGAACUUCUAUAGUUAAAGUUAAUAGAAAAUGAUGCAUAAUUAUUCUCAUUCUUUUGUCUCAUCUCCUGGAAGAUUAGACACUUAUCCUAUUAAGACUUCAUCAGCUUUAACAAAUAGAACCAAUAUUAUGUAAAAUGCCCCUGAUUCUCCAUUUAGAAAAUAGAAACUUCACUUAUUAUUCACUGAUGAUUAAUAAAAGUUACAACCCAAUUUAUCUACUAAAAGUAAAUAAUUUUUAUUAAACUAUUUUAGAAAUUGUUUAAGUAGCUUCAAAACUAUUUGAAGGUGAUUAAAACUAAUAACCAAAUAAAGACAGAUUUAUAUUACAUGAUUGA